CAGAAAGGUUCCGAAAAACUGGUGGAUAAGUGCUCCUAAGGAAUGUGACAGUAGUUUGUAAACAGAGAAUAGGCUAUGGUAGCUUUAACUUCAGUUAUGUUAGUAUAAUCAUGGGUCAUGAUGAGCCAAUCCCAGAAAGCCUUAAAUAUAUCAAAUUUGGUUGUCCAGUGUGGUGGCUUAGCAUCCAUCAUGGAGAAUGCCCUUGGUCCUCAUGGGAGGUCAGUUUUAAUGGAGAGAAGUGGAAGUGUCAUCAUUACCCAAGAUGGAAUUGAGCUCUUGUCAUCCUUAACCAUUGGUGAUCCACUCUUAGCCAUGGUAACGAAGGGCAUCUUGGAUCAGUCAAAAGUACGUGGGGAUGGAAGUAAACGAACUUUAUUAUUAUUGAGGUCCCUUUUACGUUCCCUAGACCAUCAUGUGUCACUACGUAACUCAACUUCCCAAACUGUUAGAAGGCAGAGAAUGUUGCAAAUAGUUUCUUACUUAAAGAGAUAUAUGCUAAGUACCAUUCAAAGACAGGUUUUUGAAAAUGGUGUGCAGGUAUAUCCACUUCACAAUUUUGAAGCCUUAGGAGAAAUAUUAACUAGUUCAGCUGAAAGUUUUUUUUCAACAAAAUUCUCUAAACUAAUAUCUAAAACACUUGCUGGGCUAUUUAGGUUAUACCUUACCUGUCAGUGCAGUAGUAGUGAUGAUGUAGUAAAGCUCUUGGGAGAUAAAAUGAUAAAUACCCACAGAGCAAUAGUGGAAAUCUAUAAUGCUCCACUCUUAAAAUCAAAUGUUACCCAAGGUUUUGUUCUUACCAGAGAUUUCAAACACCUAGAACAGUCCAUGUCAUUUGAAAAUUUACCAUGUGUUUUAUGGUCCAUAGAAUUGGAAGAAGUGAAAGAGGGGCCUAGUAAUGUCACUGUUGAAGUAGCAGAUUCAGAGUUACUGAUGGAUAGUUUAAUGGUACAUAACUUGUAUUUAACUAAGUGUCUUUCCAUUCUGAAGUCUAUACAUGUACGCUUGAUAUUCUCUUCAGUUUAUUUUCCUGACUGGGCUGUUCUGCAGUGUAAAAAAUAUGGUUUCUCAGUAAUUGAUAUGAUAGAUGCUGAAGAAUGGAGUUUUAUUGUUACAAAGUUACGAGCAAGUCCAGUGACUUGUAUAAAUGAUAUUUGCUCAGAAUGUAUAAGAACCAUUGAUAAGGUAGAACCUAUUAUCCUUGGUAAUUCACAUUUCAUAAGGUUGUAUUUAUCAAAUAUUUAUCAGAUAAUACUCUAUGGUCCAACAGUUUCACAGUGCAAACAGUUUUCCUCUGCAUUUUGUAAACUUUUUAGAUACUUGCACCACUGGAUAAUGGACUGUCUUGUUUUAUAUAAAUUUUUAAGAGAAGCAAAAUGUGUAAGUGGAGGCUUAGAAUCAGGUCAAGGAUCCUCAUCAAGUUCUACACCCAUGGGAGAUCCAUAUUACCUAACAACAGUCAAUUCAAACAGUGUUGGAGGUAAUGCUGGUGGAAUAAGUUCUUACUUAUCCACUAGUGACCCCUUACCAUUGUUUUAUUCUGUUCCUCCUGGUGCAUAUGUGGCACUGCUAGCAAAGUUUUUGGUUUUAGAAGAUCAUGUUGGUUAUCGAGAUGGAGUAAGGGAAGUUGGCCUAUCAGUGAUAUUAGAAUUAUUAAAUGAAAUUCCAUAUUUGUUAUAUAAAAAAUCAAGACUACCUCAAGAAAGAUACAUAAUCUUUAACACUACCUUCAACAGUCAUAGUAGGAAACUUUUGAAUGGAUCUGGUUCAUAUUCUUUAAGUAAUCUGCUGGCUGAUUUGAAGUUCAAGGGUUAUGAAAGCCCUUUUGUUUUUUUCAAAGUUCUUGACUCUGUUUUCACUUUUGCUCUCUUUGUUUUGAGAAUAGAGCAUAUUGUUCCAUCAAAAAUUAGACUUCCCAAGAAAAUUAGCAAUCAUGAGGAAAUCAGUGAUGAAGAAGCAGCUUAAAUGCUGGCACCUGCAUUAGGUGUCAACUGAUGCCAUUACACUUGCAGAGAAAGAUGAUGAUACACCACUGCCCGUAAAAUAAAGUUGUGCCUUGUUUUAACUUAGUCAAAACCUCACCAGCUCUCAAGCACCCCCACAGUGCACAAGAAAUGAGGUGGUGACUGCAUAUAUAUAUAUAUUGCACUGCCAUCAUGUUGUUGCAUUUGUAAUGUGGAGUCUGCAGAGAGGCUAGUUACAUGUGUGGUUUUGGCAGCUGGCCACAAAAAUACAUCUUUGGAACAUAAAAGAUGACUAGAUGCUCAAAUAACUACAUUAUGUUGUUACAUAAGUGACUUACCAAGCAAUUACAUUGCUGAAAACUUUCUACUACCUUGGCAGUCCAAAAUUCGAAUUUUGUGGUGGCGCUGCCAUUGCUAGUGUAGGUGAACUGGACCCGCCUACUUUCGGGAUUGUUAAGGUAUUAAAUAGCAGAGCCUUCUAAAUUUGUUUUCUGCCAGCUCCCAAUUAACAUUGGUGGUUUGUGUAGCAGUCCUUGCUUCAUCUUUUGGCUCUUUUUCCAGGAUUUUUUGUGAAGUAUUUAGCUUUAUCACUUUGCCAUUAAUAUGUCAGAUCCUAACUCUUCUGGGAUUCAGUAUUGCACUUAAGGGUGUAGGUCUAGAUUGUUUAAACUGACUGAUACUCAUACUAAGUGUAUUAAGUGUAGAGGGUGGGAGUGUUCCAAAGAUCUUACAUGCUUGGAAUGUCAAGGGUGGGAUGAACACCAAUGGAAGAUUUUCAGGUCUCAUUCAAAGAAAUUAGACAAGGAUAGAAAGAGGAAGGUGGCUCUUGGAGCCAAGAGUAGAGUUAGCCUAGAGGUUAUUCCUCUACCAGCAGAGGUAGAGGAUAGUGCUAUUUCUUUCUCUCCUGCUCCUCCUGUUUCUCCCAUUCUUAGCCCUCCUUCAUCUCUACCACAGACUCCUACCAGGUUCCCAUACUUGAGAUCCUAAUGCCAUUGCCAGCCUUGAAUCUAGGUUCAAUAGAAAGUUUGGUUUUUCAGCUAAUUCUUUCAUGGAAUUAGUUUAUCUUUCAGAGCUUUUGUUGACGAGAUGAUGAGUAAAAGUGCACUGAAAAGUGUGUGUAGUGCCUGAGGAGGUGGCCUGUCCAUCUCACCAGCUCUAGACAAAGGUCACUGUCCUGCUCCCCUGCACCGGGGAGAAGACAUUUUGGAGGUCCAAGGGAGGCUGGUGGGGUGUGGCCACAGGCAGUCACCCCUCCUUCAAGCCUGUUGUUCGCUCCCAGGCUGUGACAGAGAGCCGUUGGAAAGGCAUCUUGGACAGUGCUGCAUCUUUGGACACUGAUGUGUUGUCUCCUGACAAUAGGUGCCAUUGGCACAGUGUUCCCUCAUGACUUCUGAAGAGGAAUUCUGCAGCCGACACCUCUCCUCCUGUCAGGAGGCAUAGAGAGGGUAUUUUUAGUCUCAAACCCUCUUGUAAGGUUUAUGGCUCUAACUCCUGAUGUUCCUUUAGUUCAUUCUUGUUGGUUGUUAUGGGACAGCCCAGAGUCUCUCGGCUCUUUUGAGCUCCUAGUUUUGAUGCCAAAAUGCACCAACUGUGGGGUUUUCAGCACCACUAUCGCCUCUUCCUUCUAUGUUGGCUCAGAGGAUCCAACUUUCGCUCCUCUUUGUCAACUGCAAGACUUAAUGGGAGUUUUAAAUACGAUAGCCUCUGUCCCCAAGAAUAAAGAGACUUCCUUUUCACUGAUUUAGUCUGAUGAAGAAGAAGCCAAACAAGACUCAGUCCCAUCGUCUGCUUUUGCGAAUCUUCUUCACUUCUUUCUCGCCAAUUUUCCGGAUUUUUCUAACCCGCCCCUCCGAGUUCUCUAGCGGCCAAGAGGGAAAUAGGGAAGGCAUUUUCUUUUUUUUUUUCCUCCAUCCAAGCUCUUUAAGAGGAUAUACAGUGGUCCCCCCAUAUUCCAGGGGGAUGUGUACCAGAACCCCCUGCAAAUAGUUAGAAUCUGCGAAUAAUUGGAACCCCUAUAAAAAUGCUGAAAACAGCCUAUUUUGUUAGCUAAAACUAAAAAAAAAUCCCAAAAAUUUUAUACUAGUAUAUGUUUUUUAAUAGUUUUAUCACAAAAAGGGCAUUUUAUUAUGAAAUUGAUAAAAAACCAGGAAUUUCUGGAUAUUUCUCAGAAAAAUACUGCGAAUAGGUGAAUUUUCUCUGAAUAAUGGGGAGAAAUGUUCCUGAGAGAAAUCCGUGGGUGCAUGAGUCCGCGAAUCCGGAGAGGUCCACUGUACUGCUUUUAUGCCAUCGGAGAAGCUCCUUCCAUGAGAGUGUCUGCCUCCUCCCAAGGAGACUUCUCUUGUUUGGUCAUCGCUUCUUGAUAGUCUGCUUUUAUAUGUUUUUGUCACCGGAGUUGGAUCACCUGGUCAGGAAUUUAUUGAAAGUUUGGAGAAUUUUAGCUUUUUAGAUUGGACAGUGGGAGCUCUGGCAAGAAAGAUUGAAGACUGUCCUGCCCUUGCUGAAGACUUCGCUGCAGACUGGUUGGGUGUUUUGUCCUGCGCGGAUAAGGCAGUUAGAGGUGGUUCAGUCGAAUUAGCUUGUCUCUUCUCGUUGGGCAUUCUCAAGAAGCGAGAAUUGUGGUGCUCCUUUACCACCAUAGGAGUUAUGGUUACACAGAAGUUGCCCCUCAUUGUCCCCACUGGAUAAGGCUCAUCUCUUCCUGCAGGAGAUAGUUAAGGAAGUCCUUUCGGCUUUGCAGAAGACUGAUUCGUGAUCUGCUACCCAAUUAACAAAAUGCCUGAAAGAGACUUCUGCUUCUAGUGGCAAGUCUUUCUCUCCUUUGCAGCCACAGCCAUUUUUGUGGGGGGACAAUCCAAACCUCAUACCAGACCUCAAUCCAAUGUACGACCUUCCUCAAUCCUCAAGACCAGCCAAGAAGACUUCUAUCAAAUCAAGUAAAAUGAGUUUGCUGCCCUUUGCACCCCUAUUGAGUUCAGCAAAGUCUUCUUCAAGUCCGCCGUGCACUGUUACUCCGCCAAGGAGCAACAGUGCGUGGCAGACUUGAAGAAGACUCUUUCCUUAACUUAACAGUUGACCAUUUUAAUAAAUGCUCAAAAGUCACAGAUGAUUCCUUCUCAACAGAUUCUGUAUUACGGAAUGAAUCUGGACACUCAAGCUUUUUGAGUUUUUCUCUCACAGAAAAGAGUCGGGUCUUGUCUCCAAAUAGAUCGAGUGUUCAUAGCCCUUUCAACCUAACCUGCUCAACUCUUCAGUGGAUGAGGUUGUUGGGGACCCUGGCCUCAGUGGAGCAAUUUGUGAAAUUGGGCAGACUUCACAUGAGGCCCCUACAAUUUUUCCUUAGAGCGAACUGGUGUCGGAAGACCCAGUCAGACUCCGUGGUCUUCCCGAUAACAUUGAAGAUAAAAGAUCUCCAUUGGUGGCCAUCGAAAGAAAAACUGCAAGAAGGAAUUUCCCUCCUUCCCCUGAACCCCAACCUAGAGUUUUACAAAUCUAGCUUAGGGAGCUCUGUUGGGGAUCGGAAAGUAUCAGGGAAGUAGACAUUGGAUCAACAUUCUUUUCACAUCAUCAUCAAGGAACUGAUGGAGAUUUUCCUGGGCCUUCAGGUGUUUUCUUAUCUAGUCUCAGAAAAAAUAGCGGUUUAUUCAGACAACACUACAGCUCUGUUGUACGUAUGGAAACAAGGAGGCACUCACUUCUUUUCCAUCUACGAGGUAGCUAGGUACGUAUCUCCUCCUCUUGGCGUAACAGAACUGGGUAAAACUCAUUCCUUGUUUUGUUCAGGGGAGAAUGAAUGUUCUAGUGGAUGAAUUAAGUCACUCUCCGCAAGUUCUUCCAAUGGAGUGGACUCUGGAUGCAAAAUUAUGCCUAAACCUAUGGAUGAUAUGGGGGAAAACCUUCAAUAGAUCUCGCUACAUCGAGGAACAAUCGCCUUCCUCUCUUUUGCUCCCCUGCUCCAGAUCCCUUAGCUUGGACAACAGACGCGAUGUUGAUGGACUGGAUUGGUCUCGACAUUUAUGCUUUUUCAGCUUUUGGCUUAAUCUGGGAAGUGAUAAACACCUGAACAUCUCCAUGACUCUAGUAACUCCAUUCUGGCCCAGGAAAGAAUGGUUCCCAGACUUGCCACAACUUCUCGUGGACUUCCUGAGGCUCCUGCCACAAAGACGGCUGCUGAUCAGACAGCCCCACUUCCUCAGAUUCCACCAAGGAUUGUCUACUCUGGCCCUGACAGGAUUCAGACUGUCAGAAGCCUUGUCAGUGCGAAAGGUUUUGCACGGAAAGCUGCAGAGGCUAUUGCUAGAUGAUCAAAAUGGACAAUUUUCAGAAGCUGGUGCAGCAAAAAUCACAUCUUGUCUGAGACAACUGUAAGUAAACUGGCAGACUUUUUUUAUAUUUUCAUAAGGAAUACGAGGAAGUUGUUGUCAUCCACAAUCAGGGGCUUUAUAUCUAUGCUUAGUUCGGUCUUCAAGCAUUUAAGACUAUCUAUCCUCUAACCAGGGUAUAAGCAACCUUAUUAGAUAUUUUGAUACUUCUAAGCUGAAAAGAUCUGAUGUAAUGGUCUGGAACCUAGACAUGGUUUUGAAGGAAGUGGCUCUCGACCUCUGUGUCUGGACCUUUAAGCUCGACAUCUGUCCAGAAUCUGAAAGAAAGAGAAGACAAUAUUUUUAGUAAUGUUAGCCACAGCUAAAUGCAUGAGCAAGAUACAAGUGAUGGACGAAAGAAUCAGAUUUAAGCAAGAGGUUGGAGUCUGCUCCCUUUCUCUCGUCUUUUCUCACCAAGAAUGAGAACGCUGCUGAUCCCUGGUCUCAUUCAUUCAUUACGAAGAAUUUAAUGGGCAUCCUUGGACUUGAGGAAGAAGAGAGACUCAUGCCCUGUGAGGGCUCUCAGAUAUUUCCUUAGUAGGACGGAAAAGAUUAGAGGACCAUCAAACCAUCUUUGGUGCUCUGUGAAGGACCCUUUAUGACCCCUUUCCAAGAAAGCUCUUUCUUUUUUCUUGAGAAGCCUUAUUAAUGAAGCUCAUGCUCGAAUUCAAGAGGACACUCUUCCACUCUUAAGAGUCAAGGAACAUGAGGUUCGAGCAGUCGCCACAUCAUUAGCUUUUUGCUACAGUAUGUCUUCGGCCUCGAUUCUUCAGUCUACUUUCAGGAGGUCAAAGUUGAUGUUUGCCUCAUAUUAUCUCAACUAUGUUGAAACGACAUUCAAAAAUUGUAGUAUGUUUGGGUCUUUAUCUGUAGCUGGCAUGGUUUUGGGAGAGGAGGCAUAGGGGACUGGGGGUGGUGGUUUUUAUCCAUUGUAGGUGACAGCAUUGUUUUUCCUGGUCUACGCCCAGGGCAAAAGGAAUAUUUUAUUUGUUGCCAUCCGUCAGUGUCCUUCCAUGGCUACAAAGUCCCCACUAAGUAGAGGCAUUUCCUGGCCAGUACGUACUGCCAUACCUUCUACAGGUUAAGAGAGUGCCAACCAGAGGCAGUAAUCAUCUACAGUGGCUCUCUUUCAGGUAAGGUACAAUAAGCAUUGUUACAAUGCUUGCAAAAUGUCUAUUUCCAAGUCUGUUAUCAUUCCUAUAUGUAAUAUUUUGAAGUUUUUUGUCCAUGAUUCCCACCUUUUAAUGUAGAAUCAGCUAUGUAAUUGCUUGGUUAAGUCAGUUAUGUAAAAAAUUAUAUUUUUAUGACAAAACAACGUUUUACGUAUACUAUAUGUACUUACCAAGCAAUUACAUAAUUAAAGUACUCCCUCCUCCCUACAGAUGGACAUAAUGGCAAACGAAUUGGAAGGCAAUGCUAUUUUGUACCUAAUGAUCCCGAAAAUGGGUGGGUCCUGUUCACCUACACUAGCAAUGGCAGUGCCACCGCAAAAUUUGAAUUUUUGACUGCCGAGGUACAAAGCUUUCAGCUAUGUAAUUGCUUGGUAAGUGUAUGUAAAACCUUGUUUUAUCAUAAAAAUAUAUUUAUGCAAAUGAAUCUUUUUAUAUUUGCAGUUUUUUUGUGGAUUCCAUAAAAUGUAAGGUAACAGUUUGGAAUUUACCGUACAAAUGUGAACUUGCUUUAAGUCCUUGUUUUUGUUUUCAAGUCUUUCUUUCAAGGCUUUAUUACUAUGGUACUAUGAAAACCGUCCAGUUAAAAAAACUAGAAAGUAAUGCUUUGUGUUGUGAAUAAAUGCAGAACUUUAUUAGAAAAAUGCUAUAGGAAUGACAGACUAUUUGUAUUUUUAUAGUGUUGGCUGUUGUGACUUUACUGUAUUAGCUAAUUACACUUUGUGUAUGGUGAUGCAGAAUUUUUGAAAAUAUAUCUAUCAUAAAAAUUUUCUUUUCUUUUUUACUGCUGUGAUGGUGGGCAGCUUCUGCUUAAAAACUUGAAAAUC